AUGGCGGCGGCGGCGGGCGGCGGCGGCCCCGCGGGCCCUCAGGCGGCCGGGGCGGCUCCCGCCCCGGUACCGGGUCCCGGCGCGGUGCUGAUCGGCGACCGGCUGUAUUCGGGCGUGCUGAUUACGCUGGAGAACUGCCUGCUGCCCGAGCACACGCUGCGCUUCACGCCGUCCAUGAGCAGCGGCCUGGACGCCGACACCGAGACCGAGCUGCGCGUCACCGGCUGCGAGCUGAUCCAGGCGGCCGGGAUCCUGCUGCGGCUGCCGCAGGUGGCUAUGGCUACAGGACAGGUGUUAUUCCAGCGGUUUUUUUAUACCAAGUCUUUUGUGAAGCAUUCCAUGGAGGUAAGAAGGCAUUCAAUGACAUUUGUUGCCAUAUUUAUGUUCAAUGAGCAGGUGGCUCUCCAGAUGCUUGUUAAUAACUCAAUAACCCAUAUCUUCCAGAUAAUCGUUAUGUACCUUCAGGUAUUAGAAUGUGAACGUAACCAACACCUGGUCCAGACCUCAUGGAACUACAUGAACGACAGCCUGAGAACAGAUGUCUUUGUGAGGUUCCAGCCAGAAAGCAUUGCCUGUGCCUGCAUUUACCUGGCAGCCAGGACCCUGGAGAUCCCACUUCCAAAUCGCCCACAUUGGUUUUUACUGUUUGGAGCAACUGAGGAAGAAAUUCAAGAAAUCUGCUUAAAAAUCUUGCAGCUGUACACAAGGAAAAAGGUGGAUUUAUCUGAUCUGGAAAGUAAAAUAGAAAAGAAGAAAUUGGCUAUUGAAGAGGCAAAAGCACAAGCUAAAGGUCUGGCACCUGAGGGAGUUCCAAGUUUGGAUAACACAUCGGGAUUUUCCCCUAUCCCAAAAAAUGAGUCUCCAAAAGAGGUUAAAGGAAAUAAACCUUCACCACUGCCUGUGCAGGCCAUGAAGAAUGCUAAAAGGAAAACAGAGGGAGCCAAGAGAACCAGCUCCAACAGCCCAGUAAAUGGUGUCCAGAAAGGGAGAGAGAGCAGGAGUCGAAGUGGAAGCAGAGAUCAGAGUUACUCCAGGUCACCAUCGAGGUCUGCAUCCCCCAAGCACAGGUAGGGUGUGCUCCCAGUCCCUCCCAGUCUCAUUCCCAGUG